CUAAUCACUGCACUUCAGCGACUUGAGCCUGUUCCCUUGCUAACUCACUGGCCAGGCUGGAGUGGAAGAUGGCGUCCUCAGAACAGCCAGAGCAGAGCGGCCCUCCAGGUAGAGAAGACGCUCCAGCACGGGAAGCUCUGAUUGCUACAGCUGUAAAGUUCUUGCAGAACCCGAAAGUUCGUCAGAGCCCGUUAGCUACCCGAAAAGCUUUCUUAAAGAAAAAAGGUUUGACCGAUGAGGAGGUGGAGCUGGCCAUCCAACGGUCUGGUAGUGUUGAGGAAGCACUGGCUCAGAGUCCAUCAGGACCUUCUCACAUCAUCCACAGCCCACCAUUUACUCCUGCACCCUACAGUCCCCCUGGUUACAGAUGGAGAGACUACGGUGCCCUGGCCAUCAUCAUGGCAGGAAUGGCCUUUGGCUUCCAUCACCUGUACCGCAAAUACAUCCUUCCCCUCAUUAUGGGCAGCAAAGAGGACAAGAAGCAUCUGCAGAGGAUCGAGAGCAGCAUCGUCGACAUGAGUGGCACGCUGACACAGACAGUGACCCAAUUGCAGACGACUUUAACCUCAGUGCAGGAGUUGUUGGUCCAGCAGCAGCAGAUGAUCCAGGAGCUGUCUCAGGAGCUGGCUAACUCUCAUGCCUCGUCCGCUGCCAACCGCAUGCUGGAGUCUCAAAGCAUCAGUGAGGUGAAGGCUGAGAUCACGUCAUUAAAGGGGCUGUUGCUCAGCAGGAGACAGUUCCCUGCUUCUCCAUCUCUCCCCAAAAUCCCAUCCUGGCAGAUCCCUCUGAAGCCCGGCACCCUGUCCAACUCUCCCUCAGUCAACCACACCAACAGCAGCAGCGACAUCUCACCCGUCAGUAACGAGUCAGCCAGUUCCUCUCCCGUCAAAGACGGCCACAGCUCACAGGGCAGCGUGUCAGGCUCCCAUGGCUUGAACGGAGAGCCCGGUCUGGGCUCCAUGCUCGCCCUUGACCUGAAGGACCAGGUCCGCAUGGAGGUACAAGGAGAGGAGGAGAGGAAAGAAGAUGUAGAAGAAGAGGAGGAAGAGGAGGAGGACGACGUGACUCAUGUGGACGAAGAGGAGCACCUGAGCGUUCAAACGGAAGACAGGAGAGGCGGAGACGGACAGUUCAACGAGCAGGUGGAGAAGCUGCGGCGUCCUGAGGGGGCCAGCAAUGAGAGUGAGGUGGAUUAGGAAAGAGCUGAUCGUUUUUGCUUUAAAUUCUCUCUUCCUGUUUACUUUUAAUUCGAUCCCGUCAUCACACACCCCCUUCUGUUCUGACUCACAGCCAUGUAGUUUACUGGGAAGAAAGAAAUCUAGUGUAAUCUCAUCGUUUGUGCCCUGAGUGCCCUCAUGUCGUGACUUUUCUUUUCAUGUAAGAGCUCAGACAUUCUCACGUGCCUGGGCAAGCACAGUAACACAGUAAGUAAUGUACAGUGUGGAAUUAGAUGAUGACAGAAUUACAAUCUUUUGUGUAUUAUUAAGCAAACAUUGUGUGCUCUGUCAUUUCUCUCAUCAUUUCAGACGAGUCCUUUCCCCUGACUGUAGUUUCUGAUAAUGUACAGGAUAACAUCUGCACUGCAUCCAUUACUGUAGAUCCAUGCUAGCUACCCAACACAGCUGUAUUGAAUUCCAAACAGCAGCCUACAGCAACAAAUCAUGGACACCAAAGAACCUUUGCUGGUCACGUGACCUCAUUUUGAGUUUCCGGUCUGCUCUGUAUUGCAGCCGCCAUGAGCCUCCAUCUUCUUGUCUGGACUUUAAACAUCUGUUUGUUGUUCACCGUGCUCUCUCAGCAUAACGUAACGGCGAGCCACAGCAGCUAGCAUGUCUGGGGAAGUCUUUGUAAUUUCUGAUUAGAGCAAUGAUAGGUUUACUUCCUGGUGGUGUUGAGAAUUGGAGAGGCAGAUAAACACUGUUUUUAAUGCUCUCUGUGCGAGUGAGGACUGCACAGAGAGACAGAAUAACGGUGAAAAGAAAAGAAGAGUGCGUCUUGAAUUGCGUCUCUCCAGUUUCCAACUGGGCAGCUGAUUUGGUUUAUGAAGUAUGCUAAUAAUCAAAUGAUCGACAAAUAACAGAUGUAUUAGUUCAUGCAGCUUGAAAUGUCAAGGAGGCUAAAAUCGCAAAUCUAAUACCGAAAGCCUGUUCUAUUGUAUUAUAUUACAUGACAAAGCCUCCAGUCCAAAUUAUACCGGCCUCCCACAGUGAAUAAUCUUAACAUGAAAUGGUGCCGGGGCUUUGUAAUUAAACCAUGUAAAACAAUGGAUGCUUCAGCAGAGGUGCCGACACUCGGGUUUCUCUCUUUGUGGGGCUUUUUUCUGUCCAAGUUCUGAGGAAAAAGAAAAAGGGAAAAAAAAAACCACAGCUGAUGCAAAUGGAGAGUAACGUAUGAAUACUUAACUAAUAGAAUUACUCAUUCGCCAGCUGAUGAGGCGGGGGGAAAAAAAGCGAGAAAGAUCCUGAAGAGAGAAUUAGAGAUGUCUGCUCCGCUCUGACAUUUUCACUUUUAACAAAUGGCCUUCAGAGUAAUGUGAUUACGGCCCAAGCAGGUGAAGCAUUGUUGGCUGUGGCAGCGGGUGCCGAGUCGCCCCACCAUGGAGGAUCUCCGCCUGCUGAUGACAUGCAUCUCGUUAUGGUCCAGAUUAAAGAUGGCUUACACCAAUGGACUAUGAAUAGGUAUUCAUGUGAUAAAUGAUAGUGAAUCAGAACCUUUAUUCAUCUGAUAUACUGUAAUACCGGGUUAUCAUUUUUAGAGGGUUACUAAUAAUUAGAAACGGGGCUGUGAGUGAAUCAGUUUGAAUGGUUGAGCAUUAAUAGUGACUAAUACUGUAAUGAAGGGAGGCCUGGAAAGCGCUGGCACGCGCCGUACCAUCAGCGUGUACGCACUUAUUUAUGAGUAUUCGUUCCUGAGUACUUGGAAGAACUGAGAUGGCCUUAUUGCUCUAGUGCUCGGUGGUGAGUAUUGUGAGUAUGAUGCAAUGAAAUUCUGAUUAGAGUAAUUUUAAAAGAGAGAUUGUAAAUAUUUGUAAUAAAAUUAUUUUAAAACCUU